UUAUAUGCACAGUACCUGCAUACUGUACAUGUACAGCCCAAUUUUUCCAAAGUAUACUAUGUAAGCUAGGGUAGGCAUAUGCGUGAUACAAAUUUUGUCAUCAGCACAAUAUGUGUGUACUGUAUAUGUGCAGCAAGUUUUUUCUAACCGCUCAGUACAAAAACUGGACGAGGAUGAAAUUUUUAGUGCAUAUGUCCACCGCUUGUGUUUGCAAUUUUCAGUAUACUUUUCGAAUGCAUACUUGUAUAUAUGUUCGACUGUGCCGAAGUAGCGUAAAAAGUAUACCGUGGAAUUUAUACUGACAACUAGUGGCAGGAUGCAGAAUCACACAGAUUUCAGUUACUAGAAAUGCAAUCAACUUUGCAAUAAACCCUAAUUAAUUUAAGGCUAGUCACGUCACGUGAUCUUAACAUGUCUGCCCCAUGAAGGCAACUGAAUCCAUGUAAAACAAUCGGCUUUUAUUGACAUGACUGGAGUCUAUUUCUUGUCAGAGUAGGCUACGUCAUUUUAAACUUGUUUUUUAAUCUUUGUGUGUUAAACUUUUUAAUGAGGUAAACGAUUUAGUACGUGAAUCGUUAAGUACGGCUUUUGAUUACAUUUGACAACAUAACCGCUGUCACUUUCUACUUCAAAGUGUGCACAGAUUUAUAAUAGCCAAAUGAAAUUACUACCUUCUUGUACCAACUGCAUUAUGCACGACGACAGUGACGCCGUGAAAUGCCUCAAAUACAAGAAUGCAAAGCAGAUGUGUCGCGCCUGAUUUAGUUUGUUCCCAGACUGAAGGGCUGUCCUGGAAAUGCGACAUAACUCGAGUACAAGAGUCCGAGGUGCUGCCCACUGAUCAAGAUAUCCUGUUUGAGAAGCGUGAUGAUAUGGAUAUUUUCUCAAGAAUUCUGGAGGCAAACAAAGAGAUCAGUGACAUGCUUCUGGAGGGAGAUAUGGCCUUUCCCAAAACAAGGAAUGCCAUGAAAUGCUUGAAUGACUACUGCAAAUGGCCAAAAUCCCCAUCUGGACAGGUUGAAGUGCCAUACACCAUUGCUUCUGACUUCUAUGAUGAUGAGAAGGCAGUGAUUGAAAAUGCAAUGAAGAGCAUCACUGCAAAAACCUGCGUCCGUUUUGUGUUGCGAAAGAAUCACGUGGACUACAUCAGCAUUGAGAAUCUAGUAGGAAACCACGAACACACCAGGAGCGACAGAGACCAGUACGUCCAGAUCAACUGGCAGAAUAUUCCACAAGCAUCUGCAUACAACUUUCAGAAGAAGGACACAAAUAAUCUGAAUACCCCUUAUGACUACAGCUCUAUCAUGCAUUAUGGAAGGACUGCCUUCGCCAUACAAUAUGGCAAGGAAACCAUCACUCCAAUUCCUAACCCUUCAGUGCAGAUUGGACAGAGAAAGGAAAUGUCUAACAUUGACAUUCAGAGGAUCAACAAGCUCUAUGAGUGUGCUCUUUAAAAUGAACACUGAAGAUCAAACCCCAGUGAAAUACAGACUGUGACAAAAUAAAAGAAUUACUGUACUGUAUAACCAAAGUACAUUUUUCCUUCCUCCUUUGUAUGUAACUUGACCACAUAAAUGUAAUGGACUGACUGCAGUGCUGAAUUGCAAUAUACCUUGUUACG